CUCAGUAAACUUUCUUAGGAUAUUCAUGAGGUAAUGGGAACAAAUCAUACAACUUAGUUUCCUUCUGAAUGGAUUGAGUUAUACUGGUCAUGUACUUUAUUUCAGGUUGCUAAUGAAUGUCCUUUUAUUCCAGGCAGGACUCUUGGUAUGGAACUCAAGGAAUAUUAUAACAAGACACUUGCCACAGAAAGUAACACUACUACCACUCGGCACUCCGAUUUCCCAGUUUGGGAUGACUAUAGAAGCAGUGUAGAUGACUUGCAGUAUUUUCUGAUUGGGCUCUAUACAUUUGUAAGUCUUCUUGGUUUUAUGGGGAAUCUACUUAUUUUAAUGGCUCUCACUAAAAAGCGUAAUCAGAAGACUACAGUCAACUUUCUCAUAGGAAACCUGGCCUUCUCUGAUAUCUUGGUUGUGCUGUUUUGCUCACCAUUCACACUGACCUCUGUCUUGUUGGAUCAGUGGAUGUUUGGCAAGGCCAUGUGCCAUAUUAUGCCUUUCCUUCAAUGUGUGUCCGUUCUGGUUUCAACUUUAAUUUUAAUAUCAAUUGCCAUUGUCAGGUACCAUAUGAUAAAACAUCCUAUCUCUAACAAUUUAACCGCCAACCAUGGCUACUUCCUUAUCGCUACUGUCUGGACAUUAGGCUUUGCAAUUUGUUCUCCCCUUCCCGUGUUUCACAGUCUUGUGGAACUUCAGGAAACGUUUGGUUCAGCCUUGCUGAGCAGCAGAUAUUUAUGUGUCGAGUCAUGGCCAUCUGAUUCAUACAGAAUUGCUUUCACUAUUUCUUUAUUGCUCGUACAGUAUAUUCUCCCCUUAGUUUGUCUAACUGUAAGUCAUACCAGUGUCUGCAGGAGUGUAAGCUGUGGGUUGUCCAACAAAGAAAACAGACUGGAAGAAAAUGAGAUGAUCAACUUAACUCUUCACCCAUCCAAAAAGAGUGGGAAUCGGGUGAAACUCUCCAACAACCAUAAGUGGAGCUAUUCUCUCAUCAGAAAACACAGAAGAAGAUACAGCAAGAAGACAGCCUGCGUGUUACCUGCUCCAGCAAGACCUUCCCAGGAGAAGCAUUCAAGAACACUUCCAGAAACUUUUGGCUCCAUGAGAAGUCAGCCUUCUUCUUCUAGUAAGUUCAUGCCAGGGGUCCCGACUUGCUUUGAGAUGAAACCUGAGGAAAAUUCAGAUGCUCGUGAGAUGAGAGUAAAACGUUCCAUCACAAGAAUCAAAAAGAGAUCUCGAAGUGUUUUCUACCGACUGACCAUACUCAUAUUAGUGUUUGCCGUUAGUUGGAUGCCACUACACCUUUUCCAUGUGGUAACUGAUUUCAAUGAUAACCUUAUUUCGAAUAGGCAUUUCAAGUUGGUAUAUUGCAUUUGUCAUUUGUUAGGUAUGAUGUCCUGUUGUCUCAAUCCAAUUCUAUAUGGAUUUCUUAAUAAUGGGAUCAAAGCUGACUUAAUGUCCCUCAUACACUGUCUUCAUUUGUCAUAAUUUUCACUGCUUACCAAAGAAAGAACAAAUGUUGAGAUCUUCUGAAUCAUAUUGAUGAUAAUGAUGUAUGUAUAAUGGAGUACAUUUUGUUGACAUAUGGAACCUAAUUUAUGUAAUAGAGCUCUGUAUCUGAAUGUCAGUUCAUAAUAUCUGGAAGAUAAUUUUAAUGUGUUAUAACAUGAUUAAUUCAUUCAGUUGUACGGAGUCAGUGUCAAUCUGAUUUGUAGUUUCAUU